AGGACAAAUUCUGGGCAAAAAACAAAAAGAAACUAAAGAAACCAAAGACAAUGCAUUAAAUGCAUCUUCUUCUGGGAAAAGUGCUGCAAAAGUUAAUUACAGACAAAGUCAACAAAGCAUUGAUUGUAGCACCAAUUUGGACAACUCAAGUAUGGUUUCCAAUUCUUCUACAACAGACUUGUCAACAACCAUACUUACUACCACAAAAAAGUUUAGUACUUCCAGGAAAUCUACAAAAACUACAUCCAGUGAAAAAUCUUCAACUUGGGAUUUUUUGUGUGUCAGGGAACAUCUCAAAAGUAAAGGAGUUUCAAGCAAUGUUGCCGACAUCAUUCUACAAUCAUGGAGAUUUAGUACAUCACAACAAUAUAAAUCAUAUCUCAAGAAAUGGAAAUUAUUUUCAAGUGAAAGGGAAAUCAAUUUGUUUGAUCCCCCUACCGAAGUAUUACUUGAGUUCUUAAAUUCCUUAUUUGAACACAAUGUAGGUUACAGUGGUAUAAACACUGCUAAAUCAGCUAUUUCAACAUUGUGUAGUUUAGUUAGUGAUAGAAAUAUUGGUAAAGAAACUUUAGUUAAAAGGUUUAUGAAAGGUGUUUUCACUAAAAAACCUAGUUUACCAAAAUAUAGUAAAAUUUGGGAUGUUAACAAAGUAUUAACAUAUUUUGAUAAAAUACCGGACAAUGAACAGUUGUCUUUAUUAGAGUUAUCACAAAAACUAGCUAUGUUGUUUAUGUUAUUGAGUGGACAAAGAUGUCAAACUGUAUAUAAAUUAGAAUUAGAUAAUGUUCAAAUUGAAGGAAACACAAUGGUUGCUUAUGUUAGUGAAUUGUUAAAACAAACUAAACCUGGAGUACAUAUGAAACCUUUAGUAUUUGAUAGAUAUAUUAUCAAUGAAAAAUUGUGUAUUUUGAGAACUUAUGAGGUGUAUGUAAGAAAAACAGAAACUCUUCGGAACAAAGAACAAAAAGUGUUUAUUUCUACUGUUAAACCUUACAAACCUGUCACCAAAAGUACUAUUGCUAGAUGGGUAAAAAUUAUAAUGAAAAGUUCUGGAAUAAACAUUGAAUGUUUUGGUCCACAUAGCUGUCGUUCAGCAUCAACCUUAGCUGCAUUAGGUCAAGGACUUAAAUUAGACACUAUUAUGAAAAGUGCAGGGUGGAAAUCAGCAAAAACUUUUCAAAAUUUUUAUAAUAAAACAAUUAUUACUGACAAUGAAAGUAAUUUAGCUCAAAAGAUUUUACCAUCAAGUAGCUAAAUGUAAAAUGUUUUGUUUUUAUGAUAUAUGUUAUGAUCAUGAUGAUGGACAUUAAUGUACA